AUGAUUUGGAACAACGAAAUUUGGAAGCAACAAAAAGCAACUCGCUCUCUUAUAUUCAUUAUAUAUCUUUCCUUAUUUCUAGACAACAUGCUUCUAACAGUUGUCGUACCCAUAAUACCUGAUGUGCUUUACAAACUGGAGAAUAUGUCUUUUUAUAAGGAAGACACGAACAAAACACAAAACUGGUCUCAAUUCCACGAAAAACAACUAGGCUCUUUUAAUCUGUCUGAAAACUGCUCAACUUCAAGAAAAAUACGCAUACCCCAAGACAUCAUCAAUGAAAAUGAGGAGGUUGGUUUACUAUUUGCUUCCAAAGCUAUUGUGCAGCUCAUAAUCAAUCCCAUGGUUGGUCCUUUGACAAAUAGAAUCGGAUGCACCACUCCAUUCUUUGCAGGAUCCUUGAUUUUAGUGGUUUCUUCUCUCAUGUUUGCACACGGAGAAACGUUUUCUGUGCUAUAUGCAGCAAGAAGCAUUCAAGGCAUAGGAUCAGCAUGUAUAUCAGUAGCAGGUAUGGCUAUGAUAGCAGACAGAUAUUCUGAUGACAAAGAAAGAAGCAAAGUCAUGGGUUUCGCAAUGGGAGGCAUUGCUACUGGUGUAUUAGCUGGCUAUCCAUUUGGCAGUAUUACGUAUGACUUCAUGGGAAAGAAAGCUCCCCUUCUUGUUCUUUCUCUUCUACUCAUGUUUAAUUCAGCUAUGCUGCUGUUGUAUCUCCCACCACGCCUGGAGCCAGAAAGGUUUCUGGUAGCGACCAGUAUUUUGAAGUUAGUGGCUGAUCCAUUCAUCAUUUUAGCAUCUGGAGCUAUUUUUGUGUCCACAUUAUCAAUUGCUGUUCUUGAACCAUUCUUACCUAUAUGGUUGGUGGAUAAGAUCUCACCCCCUAGAUGGCAACUCGGUACCGUAUUCAUCCCUGAUAGUAUUGGAUACCUCAUUGGCACUAAUAUGUUUGGAUUGAUAGCUUAUAAAAUAGGAAGGUGGUUUACUGCGUUGUGCUCUAUGCUUUUGAUUGGUAUUAGUGCUCUAAUGAUUCCAGUAUCGUCUCGUAUUACGCAACUGGUCAUUCCUCACUUUGGACUGGGUUUAGGAAUUGGGGUCGUUGAUGUGUCAUUAAUGCCUCUAUUAGCGUUUCUGGUGGAUUCAAGAUAUGUGGCUUUAUACGGCAGUGUGUACGCCAUAGCUCAAGCAGCAGUCUGUCUUUCGUACUCUAUUGGGCCUUUACUAGGUGGCUAUAUAGUGAAAAACUUUGGAUUUCCAUGGCUAAUGCGGGCUAUCGGAAUUAUGAACCUUCUAUAUUGUCCGUUGUGCUGUUUUUUAAAAAUGCCUGCUGCUACCGAAGAAAACAAGGCUAUUUAUUUGAAUGGAGAUAACUCUGGAAGUGACACAUCCGCCAGGAACGAGGGACGCAGAGAAUAUUCCUCUUUCAGUAAUAAAGAUUAAAUCUGCCUUUUUAAGAAUAUGAUCUGAUUUGAGUUUGUUAGGUGGUUGAGUUAUCUUUGUUUCUUAUGUGCA